UGUGUCAAACUUCAUGUCACUAAAUUUGCAAGCCAUAUGCCACCAAAGAUAAAUCAGUUCAGCUAUAGGCCUAACUAGAAAAUAAGUAAGAGUAAGUGGGAACAGAGUCACCUGACCUGAUGUGACAGGACUGUUAUCAAACAGGACUAUAUCCUAUUUACAGGUCUGACAGAGAAUUAGCUGCAGUGCAGAGGAAAUAGAUCACAGGUGCUGUACUGUAGGUUCACAGUGCUGCAGUGUUACUAACGGAGAAAUUACUGGAAAAUGAACGAUAUUCAUUGAAAUCAGGACAGAUGAAGAGCAAGUGCACAUGGGAUCAUUCUGGAAGAGGAUCAGGCAGGUUACUGAGGACAAAAUGCCGUGGCUCAGCAGCUCUCACACCAAAUGUCUGCCGGAUGGAGGAGUCAUCAGCUUCUCUGAGAUGAGUGGUGGCGUGACGCGGACGCUGAAAAAUGGAGAGGAGGAAAACAACAGAAGUAACGAGAGAUGCAGGUGGCUUAGACUCACUCGACAAGAUCAGGAUCAGUCGGGAACCUCGGAGCGACACAGCAGCAAGGAGAGCAGCAUAGCAGUAGUGCUGCCACAGAAACCAGAAAAGCAGGAAGAAACACCUGAACUCAUCACUCCCACAGACGAAAAAGUUGAAGUCAUCAAGGUUUACCUUGAAAACCGUCCAGAGCCAGAGGAGAGUGUAAGAAUGCUAACAGACGAGAUGUCGCAGAUCCAGGAGGUGAGGUACUGUCUGAAGUCUCUGAGAGAGCAGAUGGCCGCCAGACAGAGCAGCAAUAACAACAAGUAUCCAGUCAACGGCUACAGAGUCAAUCGGUCCAGCAGCCGACCAGAUGUCACCAAUGGCAACACUGUUUUCAUUGAGUCAGACGUUCAUGUCGGGGAUAAUCAGGAGGAGAGUGUGAGGCUCAGGGAGGCGACCAAGCGUCUCUAUGCGCAGCUGAAGGAGAUGGAGAAGAGGCAUCAGGAGGAGCAGGAGAGACUACAGGUGGAAUCCAACGAGUACCAUGUCCGUCUUGCUGAGCAGUCAGAGCGGCUGAAGAAGGCAGAGAAGCAGUCCGAGGAGAGAGGUCAGAAGGUGGAGGAGCUGCAGCGCCUGCUGGGAAGCAUGGAGAUCGAGAGCAGCAUCCUCAAAGACAAGAUGGCGUCAGGGGAGGCAGAGCUCCUGCAACUUAAAGCAGGCAGGCAGGAAGAGGGGAAGGAGCAGAGGUGUGCAGAGCUGGAGAAGGAUUUGGCCAUCCAAAAGGAAAAGAUUCAUCACCUUGACGACAUGUUAAAGAGUCAGCAGAGAAAAGUCCGCCACAUGAUCGAGCAGCUGCAGAACUCCCGGACAGUCAUCCAAGAGAGAGAUCGAGUCAUCAGGGAUCUGGAGGAGAAGGUGGCUUUCCUGGAAGCUGAGAACAGAGAAAUGCAUGACCACAUGGAGUACUUCCUGGGUGGCCAGGACUCUCUGGACCUGACACCCAGCGAGAACAAGCAAGAGGUCGUCUAUAGUAAACCACUCACACCUACGACACCGACCAACAAGGCCCUCCCGUUCAUCAAAGUCAUCGAGAUCAAGUCCUGAACGGAGUGAAAACCAAAGGAAUGACAAGAAGUUAAAAAAAACUGUGUAAAUAUAUAUUUAACCACCUACCAGUGUGUAAAACGUAGGUCUGCAGUGGUUUAACAGACCUCAUGGUGACAAAGCACAUAGGUCUUUAAUUAGCACCUUUUAGUAACUUUCAGGCUGUUCUGCAUCCUUUCUCUGGCUUUCUCACCAAACAGACUCUAAACAAGGAAAGUAAGAGGGAAUUCAAACUGGGAUCCGACGGUAGAAGGAAUCCUAAAAAGGGAACCAGGAGGGAGAUGUGCAAUGCAAAGAAUUUUACUCCACUUCUUAGACGAUAAACAUAGACACAAAUCUGUACAGUGUGUACUUUGUCAGCAAGUCUUCAAGAUGCAGCGGCAGGAGCAAGACUUGUGUAAAAUUCCCUGUGUUGUAAAGUUUUCCACCUUGGACUUCUUCAAAAUCUGAAAUGAGCUGCGUCAACAGGUCAAUGUAAAAGGUAGGUCGAAAUUAAAAACUGUUCUGUAAAUAUUGUAAAAGUCUCACUUGGACAAAUGUACAAAUAGUCAUUUUGUGUUGAUCGUCUCAGCACUUCUUCAUACACACCCUACUCGACCAGAAUCCUAAGCAUCAGGGGUCAGGGGUCAAAUUCCUCAGUGCUUUGCACCACAUUGCCAUCGGCAAGCAUGCCGUUGGCAAUGUCAAUGCUGCAAAUAUGAU